GUUCAGAGUCCAUGGGAUGGAGAAAUGAGAACCGAUAUGGAGACCUGGGGCUACCUCGACUCGGAUGAACUGCACCAAAACCACGAUACGGAUUGUGAUUUUGCAGACAAGCAUCAAGUAUCAGCCAUGUUCAACGACAACAAGUUCAGGGCUAACGUCAGAUCGUCUGGACAAGGUAGCCCAAACCGCUGCCUCUACUUCAUGCAUGCAGACAGUCCUGCCACCAUCCGUGAUCAAAAUCACAGCAUACCCAAAUUGACGAAACAGAAGUACUGGGUGGGCAGUCGAGAGAGUGCUAUAGAUGCGUAUGCUGGUAUUGGCGUUAAUCUGAAGGAAAAUUUCGUAUACUUCAUGAAUUGCAAAAGCCCUGAAGAAGCUGCAAAAGAGACUUGGAAAAGGCCGGUUACCCCGCACGAACUGCUGGCAUUGCGUUCAAGUUCUGAUUUAGUCUUCACCUUCUGGAACCGAGUCGCAACAACUGCCACACGCGGCAAUUUCAAAUACAUCACGUCUUGUCGAAUCACUAACGACAAGACUGAAGCGGUCAUCGAACGCGCCCUCGAAGCUGUGGGUGUCGAUCGGAUUCAGAAGUGGCCUGGCACUGAUUUC